AUUUAUUCUGUCCAUAUGCCUGACUCUGUGUACACUCGCCCACCCAAAGGGGCUGCCCGUCGCGUACGUACUGGGAGCAGAACGACCGUGGCCUGCGUUAGCUGCAAGGAGAGGAAGCUGAGGUGUGAUGAUCAAGUUCCGGCUUGCACAAACUGCCAGAGAAACACUCUAGCCUGCCUGGUUGAAGAUCCAGCAACAAAACGGCUCCAACCACGAAACUACAUCGCUCUUCUGGAACAUCGUGUCGAACUUCUCGAAGGUGCAGUACGGCGUCUUCAGCCAGGCCGUGCUAGGCCCAGGGCCGGUGUUGCCGACGAUGACAAUCAACUCUCGGACCUUUGCUCCAUUAUGGGAGUCUUGAGUCUGAAUGCAGCUGGAGCUGAGCCGCGAUUCUUAGGUUCAUCAUCGGCGUUUGCAUUUACUCGCUUCAUUAGUCCGUCGAUUCGUCAGUUGAUCCCCUCAGUAUCUCCCGACCUUACCGGGAAUCGCGAGACAGCAGCACCGGAGCCAUGCCUGCUACCAGAGUAUACCAUAGCCGUCAAGCUGAGCAGCGCCUACUUCCAGAAUAUCCAUCCACAAUAUCCAUUCCUAGAUGAGCCGACUUUCAGGGUGUGGGAGGCAGCGUUGAAAGACCCGCUCACUGCAAUGUCAAUUUAUUAUAAGCCCGGGCCGCUUUUCUUCUUAAACAUAGUAUAUGCUAUUGGCGCGUUGCUGCUGCCCAGUCCGGGUUGCUCCCCAGAGCAACUGUACGCCUCUGCGCUGCUUUAUAUCGACGAUAUACUAUGUCACGACAAUAUGGAGUCAAUUCAAGUGCUUCUAUGCUGUGCUGCCUAUUCCCUGAGGUCGUCACAAGGCACAUCCCACUGGAAACUCGCAGGACAGGCUCUGCGCCAGUGCGUCAAUCUUGGUUAUCAUCGCAGCUCAAAGCAUCUCAAAACAAACAUACCACAAAAUGAACAAGAGCUGCAGAAGAGAGUUUUCUGGAGUGCAUAUCAAAUGGAGUGUGCAGCGGCAGUCAUGCUGGGGCGGCCCUUGAGUUUGCGCUUCGAAGAUAUCGAUGCAGAGUUCCCAAAAGAUGAUGAGGAAUCACAAUGGGCGCCGGAAUCACCAUCAGCUAGUUUGCCGCAGCCUACGAUGAUGACCUAUGCCAUCCACGCAUUCCGUAUCCGGUCACUACAAGGCUGCACCCAAACCCAGAUCUAUUCCGACACAACCCUCCAAGAUCCCCAAACCCGAGAAGCCCAAAUGAAUCAACUAUCCAACAUGCUUGAAGAUUGGAAACUAUCCCUCCCCCCUCCCCGCACCCCUCCUGAAACCGGAGCGCUCUCAUUCUUCACAACCCCAGACUGGUACCAGGCCGCAUACAACCACGCCAUCCUACAUCUAUACCGCGUGCAACUAACGAACAAAAGCCAACCCGCAACAGACGCAGUUAUAAUGAAAUGCCUCCACGCAGCAAAGGACGUCUGCCACAGCUUCCGCCGGCAGUUCGUUGGCGGACCAACCACGUACACCUGGAGCGCGCUGCACGAGCUUUUCAUAGCGGGUCUCACGUACCUCUACUGUCUGUGGACUUCUCCGGUAGCGCGUGCAGAGUCCAGGCUAGAUCAGGUAAGUAAUGCGUGUACAGACUGUACCAUGGUGCUAGUCGUGUUUGCGGAGCGCUGGCGUGAUGCUGCGCCGUAUCGGGAUAUCUUCCAGGAAUUGGCGAGUCGGACGAUUACGAUGAUUGCUGAGGCACCAGAUGGCCUGGUCGAUGGGGUGAUGGAGGCUACGGAGAAUACGCAGGAUCUGAACCAGUGGAUGGCUGAUAUUGCAGAUAUGGGUGUUUCUUUAGGGGCGGAUCAGUUGUUGACUGGGUUGAUGGAUGGGCUUCCAGGUCAGGGACUGGAGUAGGAUGACACUGCUUUGGUUAUAAUGUGCAUUAUUUGAUAUUGCAAUUAAUAUAGCUCCAAGACAAUAUAUUAGUU